UCCAAAGUCCAGAGUCCAAAGAAUCGAUAACACAAUUGAAACUGAACUAGAUAUUUAUUUUAAUUCGGGAUAGUAGCACCAUCAUUUGUCUUGACAAAGAAGUAUCAGUAUUUUCGACGCGAACAUUCAAGAAAGAAUCAUCCAAAUGAAUCAUCCUUCUUUCGGCAGCACACAGUCACUUUUAAUAUUAAUAUAUAUAUAUUUUUUAAUAUCAGUACUACCGUAGUGCGGUAUAAGUCAUUUUCCAAUAAUUGUGUUAACAAGUAGUGUUCAUCGAGCUCUAUAACAGAAAAAUUUAAAAUAUUUGGAGAGGGUUUCAAUAUGCUGUAUCUACACAUAUAAAGGACAAUAAGAAGUUGAAAAAGAACUAAGAUAAAUGGUAUACAACUCUAACUAAAAGUUUGUUUUAGGAGCAAAUAAAUAGUCUUUACGUAUAAUUAGUAUACAAGAAAGGCAAAAAUGCAACGAUUUAUUUUUAAAGGAGCACUUGGUCUUUCCAUCACCAACUGCACCAAGCGUUCUAAUUAUUCUGCAAGCAGUUAGUAUGAACAAUCGUUUCCUUCAGUGUUCCAUAUCGUGUUGAUGCGAGUAGACUUGAUUUCAAAAAGUCUCUUGGCGAAUUGCAAAUGGAUUUUGUUAAGUGCCUUUAGCAACGAACUUUGGCAAUUCGGCAUAAGGUGGAUACACAUCUUAGUAAUCGUAAUUAUGGGUGUACGACACCUUGACACAUUCGUUCGUAAUGACAUUCUCGGCAGUUUUUAUUGGAUCAACAUUGAAGAACAAAUCAGAGAACAUUUCAAGAAAUCAGUGGAACCUCCAAUUAUAGUGAUUGAUCUACUUACUUUGUUCGAACCUCUCGGCAUGCACGAUCAGAAAGGACUCUUAUUUGGGGGACGUUUUAAUCUGGCGUUCGUUGCGAUUGAUGAGUUUUUCACCAAACUGACAAGACUAGGCGCCGAGCUUGUGUUUUUCUGCGACGGAAAUAUCAAUGGGCAAAAAAAGACAACUUGGUGCAAUCGCCAAGACAAUAGAUAUGAAGAUAACCUAAAGUUGAUCGAUGCCAUUGAAAGGGGGACUGGCCUACGAGCUCUGGUGAAUGAAUAUAGAGCCCCGCUGAACUUUAGAUAUCCUUUGUGGAAUGUUGCACAAAAGUACGGAAAGUGUAAUAUGACAUUCGGCCGUGAGUGUGAUCAAGUGCUGGCUGCACAUGCAAUGCAAGUGAACGCCCUGGCGAUAAUCUCCAAUGAUUCGGACUUCCUUAUCUACAAAGGAUCCUGGAGGUAUUGGUCGUCUGCAUGCCUAAAUUUGUCCACAUUGUGCACCAUAGAAUAUAACCGAUAUGCUAUAGUUGACCAACUUGGCUUGAACUUCGACCAAAUGCCGUUGUUUGCCACACUUAUGGGUAAUGAUAUCAUGCCAUUCGAUUCAGUAAAUUAUUUUCAUAAGCGACAUGGCUCAGGCGUCAAUAAGUUUUUCAGCAUGGCCCAAUACAUCCGAACACUUUCAUAUCCACAACUUGAUGAUAAUGCAAUAUUAAAUAUACUUAACGAAAUCACAAACAACAAAGUUGACGAAGAUUUGAUUCAAAAAUUUCACCGUAGUUUGGAUACCUACAGUGUGAAAAUCCAACCACUAAACCUCAACCCCACUGCGGAUCCCCUCAUAGGAGCUCUAGUUCGAAGAGAUUCACCGUUCGAAUAUUUAAUUUGGAAGGGUGAGCCACUGGACGUAAGCAUAUACAUAGCCGACAUGCGUCGAAACGAUUUUGGGAAUGAUUACGCUAAGCUUCUAGUCGGGCUAAUUUCGCGAAUGGCAGGAAUAAUUUUAUUUCAACGAAAGCCGCGACCAAAACAACUGAGGAUUGCCAUUAAAACGUCUCAUCGAGAACCACACCGAGUACACACCUUUACCGUAAAAUAUCCGCGCAACAUAGACACACCUACUCUGCUUCACUUACUAUCGAAGGAACAAUCUACGCAGGAGAUGCUCAGGGAUAUUAAAUUUCAACUUCUAUCGUGGACUGCAUCUGAUACGCUGAACCCUGAUGAAUUACAGAAGAUCCCUUCUCAUUUCCGAAUAACCGCUAUGACUUUGUACUAUUUACUGGAGCGACAUCUUCUGAAGCUCUUCGAAGCAGACCUGUUUUUGCAGGUGGCCUACGACGUGUCCUUCCAAACCUACGACAUUAUGGCAGUUGAAUAUCCUGAAACGAUCAUGAGCCGCCCAUUUCUGUUGGCUUUUUUCUAUCAGCAAAUUUACAAAUACAUGACACAUGCCAUUCGCGUGGUUGGCCUGGACGAUGAAGAUAACUUCCGCGAUGGCCCUCUGUUUGAUGGCGUCCUUUUUCACCAGCGGUACGAUGAAUGGAGUCAGGGCCAAUACAGAGUUGAUCAUAUUAAAGAGUGGAGAAUUUAUGCAGGGCUGACAUCACAUUUAGGAUGAAGCCACAGUAAACGCGAUGGCGCGAUGCGACGCAACGCGACGGUACAAAUAGACAGGUACAUCGAUAAUAAUUGUUAUUCCUUUGCGUGAGUCGCGUCGCAUCACACGUCGCGUCUACUGUGGCGGACACCUUACUCUAUUCUUAAUUACUUCGACGACGCGGUGCUGCCAUCCGGCGGACACGGACGUGCGCGUAAAAUUAUGAUAUUUCAACAGGAAGUAUAUUUUAAAACCUUCUAAAAUGUUAUUAACAGUGUUGUAAUGAAAACUUUCAAAUUAGCUAAAAAUUGGAAAAAUUGCAUCAUUUAACUUUUGUAUAGUUGAUUUAAAAAUACCUAAUUAAAAUGUCUUACCAAAGCCAAACUAUUUUCGGUCAUAAUAUGUUUCGACGCUUGUCAUUAGACGAGUUAGUACUAUUCCAUUUAAUUCCACCACUUAAUUGUAACUUUACAUACUUGUAUUUAAAGUAGGGCCAUCCAGUUUUGGAAUUGAGAAUCUCAGAGAGACACAAUCAAUAUAAAAUUUAAGUCAAGUAGUUAUUAUUAUAUUAUGUUUUCCCAUAAAUGGCGAUUCCAUAAAAUACCGAUAUGGUGAGUCACAAGAUAUCAUGAAAA